AGGUCAAUCGCAAGGAUAUUUUUCUUCCCUCGCCAUAUUGCAAACGAUCACUAUACUGCCAGCUGGUCGCCAUCGAAUUCUUAAUUAUGGGUGGAUUCCCCGCGCGUUAAAUUGCAUUCGAAAUCUACUGUGAAGGCAACAGGUGUCUGCUAAAAUUGUUGCCUCAUAAUGGACUACGAUUAUCUUAUCAAAUUUUUGGCUCUUGGCGAUUCCGGAGUAGGAAAAACAAGUUUUCUGUAUCAUUACACUGAUGGAAUAUUUGAUGCUCGGUUUGUGUCAACCGUAGGCAUUGAUUUCCGAGAGAAAAGAAUCAUAUACAAGACGCAAGGUGGAAGAUCUCAAAGAGUUCACUUGCAACUUUGGGAUACAGCCGGUCAAGAAAGAUUCCGAAGUUUAACAACUGCAUUUUACCGGGAUUCUAUGGGUUUUCUUUUAUUGUUCGAUCUAACAAAUGAACAGUCUUUCCUUGAGGUACGAAAUUGGUUGGAACAGCUCAAGACACAUGCUUACUGCGAAGACCCAGACAUAAUUUUGUGUGGAAAUAAAGCUGAUCUUACAUACAAGCGAGUAGUUAGUGAAAAAAAAGCUCGAGAAUUAGCUAACAAACAUGGAAUGAUCUACAUGGAGACUAGUGCAGCAACUGGCCAAAAUGUAUCACGAGCGAUAGAUGUAUUGCUAGAUCGAGUAAUGCGUAGAAUGGAAGCAACAAUGGAUUCAUCGCCAUUACCUCAUCAACGAGUAUUACGAUGUCACGAACAAGAUCCUGUGCCAUCAAAAGCUGCCUGUUCUUGCUGACAUUGCUAUAUAGCGUAGAGUAAGGUAUUUAUCUUACUCUGACGCAGAUAUACUAAUCCGAUUAACUUUUAAUUACCAGCUGACAAUUGCUUGGGAAUACAGGGUUUAACUAUCUUGUUGGAUAUUAUCAAAACAUGUUUUUGUGGUUGUGAUGACUUAUAAGGUUGAUUAAUUAACGGAGAAUAUCUUCAAGUCAAUAACUCUAACUCAAAUUUACUCAUAACUGAUUGCAUCUAAUAAAACCAUAACAUUAUUUAUUAAUCCAUUGUAAAAGUCAUUCAAAGUUUUGAAAGAUUUACGUUAUCAUUUUUAUUAAAAAUUCAAUUAUUUAUUAAAAUUUAAAUCAAUUUAUUUAUCAUGUAAGUAUGAAGAUUUUUUAAUAUACAGUAGAAUCGCUCAAAGGUCCGACAAUUUGAGAGUGUAAUAAAUUUAUAUUAAAAUACAGUAUAAAUUUGAGGUAAUAAUGUACUUAAACACUUUCAAGUAAGGAUUAAAAAUCGGACAUUUGAAAUAUUCUACUGUAUUUUGUUAAUAUGAUAUUAUUAGAUGCAGUCAUAAUAAAUAAUUGUGCUUUCAUAAAAUUCAAAUAAUGACAAUCUAUAAAUUUGGCUGUAUUACUAAAGGAUUGUUCUAUUUUCAAAAUUUCUUAAACGUGAUUCUCUAAUGAUAAGCCAAAAAUCAACGAUAGAUAUUUAUACUAUCAAAACAAAAAUGUUUACAAAUAUAUAUGACUAUAUUCUAUCGUUCAAUUAUUAUUAUAUACGAAUUCUAGAGUAUUCAAAAUGGUUUCAACAACUAUUAUAUACAAUGUAAAUUAUACAUGCAUUAAGGUAUUAUAAAUAUGUAUGAUACUGCCGCUAAAAUAUUGUUUUAAAAUGUUUAAAGUUAUUAUUAAAAAUGCUUUGAUAAAGAUUUUUCAGUAUCUUUUUUCAUAUUUUAAAAAAUGUUUUUUAUAUUUUAAUAUUUACUAUCUAUUUUCGAUAAAUAAUUUUAAUGAAAAAAUUUACAUUAUUUACAUUGUUAUCACAAAUUAUAUAAUUCACUAACUCCUUCGUAAGAGUAUUUCCAAGUCAGACACGCGAUUUUUUCCAUCUAUAUGUUCUAUUUGAGUUCUUGGAGACAAAUUGUUUAUUUCACUAGUAUUUUUCACCUGAUUGAUGUCUGUAUGUCUUGUGGAAGCACUUAAAAUAGUUUUUUUAACUUCAAACUUUUUUGAAUUAAAAAAUUUACCAAUAAAUUUCACCGAAAAUAAA